UUAUUCGACGCUGUGCGAUUGCUGAGGACAAGGAAAGGAAUGCGGUGCUGAGUGGUGUCUGUGCGCAGACUCCGGCCCGUCUAGAACACUGCGGCACGAUGAGGUUCGCACGCUAUCUCGAAGAGAAUGCCCAGCCAGAAUGGUCGAGAGCUUAUCUGCAGUACCGUUCCCUAAAAAAACUCAUCAAACGAGUCGACGCUCGUCAUAGAGCGCGGCUUGCUCGUUCUAACGCUUUGUCAAGGCAAAAUAGCAACAACUCAUCAAUAGGCUUUGCGUCCGCGAGAAACGUCACAGAAGGUCUGCGAAGGAGGGUCCGGGGAGAAAGCUUCUCUUUCAAGCAGAGCGGGCGUGCCAACUCCGAAAAUGGCAACACGCAUAACCAGAAACACAGAGAAGCUUCGUCGGUAGAAGUUGACGGUGAGACUGGCGAGCCAGCACAUCGCGAUUUAGAAAGCGGUACGGACUGGCAUGGUGACACUGGUGCCGAAGCCGGUCCGUCGCGGAACUUGAGUCCUCAUGGUCACGGCGCAGGCGCUGAGGCCACAACAGGCCUCCAGCCGCAUGAUAAAGCAUCCGGUAUACGGUUCGCCUCGUUGCUGCAGCUCAGUCGGCAGGACGCAGAGGACGAUGAGAUGGACGCUGCAGCCGAUGCCCUUCCACCGGUUAGCCUUGUGGGCACAGGACUGCACAUCGACCCGGAAGCAACGGCAAUACCUUUGCGACCGCGUCCAUCUCGCGCAUGUGAUAGAUCCUCCCCCUCUCAGGCGACACCUGCACCCUCAGGCGGGACUCGGCCUGAAGGCCAUGGUAGCUCGCGCACGCCAAAGCACUCGCAUUCGACAGGUGCAGACUCGGACGAAACAAGAAUAGAAGAGAUUGGGCGCAAGGUCACUGCUUUUGUCGAGGGCAAUAGCAAUGGCAAGAGCCGAAGAAAUGGGGCCACGCAUGCGGACGAGCCUACACGCGAUGAUGCUGUCCAUCCGCCAACGACUAGAAACGGAAUCCCGUCUGAUGAUCCUGCAAUUGCCUCUGCGAGCGUCAAGGACCGCACUCCUAAACGCAAAGACAAAUGGGAUAAAGCAAAAAAGGGCCAGAAGAAAGCAUCGGGGACGAAUAAGACGUUCCUUUCAAUAGUAGAGGACAACUUCGACUGGGAAGAACGCAUUUUUUUUGCCGUGCUUGAUACAGAGCUGACGAGAAUCGUAAACUUCUACGAGGAGCGAGAAUCCGAGUACGCUGCAAGAUUCGAAUUGAUCGCCAUGCAGCUGAGGGAGCUUUCGGACCACCGGAGGAACUUCAAAGCGCGAGAGGAGGAAGAGCGGUCACUCUUGAACGCGGUUGCAGAUACGGCCAUGAGCAAGCUGAACAAUAUCAUAACUGUGGGUGGAGCUGCAGCCGCUGCUCACGGGCGAGCAAGUCAAGAAACAGGCGCCAAGCGACGCGCGACUGCGGGUGCCGCUGCUCCAUCUUCGCCGGUACCUGCUCCUGCAGAGAUUGAUUCUGGAGCGCGUGACGAGGGCGAUCGGCGUCGCGCUAUCGCCCUGGCGAAUAUCCCACCCGAUGUGGCGGCUCGCAUCUUGGGCGAUCAUGAGGCUUCCCGGCGCGAGAAUCGCGCUGCGGCUCUAUCACAAGAUCCGGAGCGCUACAAGUAUGCGCGGAAGAAGCUCAAAACGGCCGUCCUGGAAAUCUAUCGAGGGCUAGAGAUUUUGAAGAAUUACGGAAUUCUCAACAGGACAGGCUUUGCCAAAAUUCUGAAGAAGGCUGAGAAGACGUGGGAGGUCCCCGUCGCAGACGCCUACUUUCAAGCGCGUGUCGCGCCAUCGAUCCUUGUCACAUCGCAGCGCGUUGAGAUGCUUCUCAAGAGCACCGAAGGUGAGUUCUGUCGUACGUCACUGACGGCUUCUCCUCAAUUCUGACGAAAUAGCGACGCCGCAGAGAUCUUCAUCGCUUACUUUGAACAUGGCGACCGCAAGAAAGCCUUGUCUCGCCUGCGCAGUAGCAUCACCGGCUAUGCGGCACAGCAUCCUUCCCACCACCUCAGUGUCUUCAAGGCUGGCCUUUUUCUCGGUGUGGCAAUCUGUGCCGGAGUGGCUGGUCUCGUCAUUGCAUUGCACCCAGAUACGCCACAUCGCAUCCCGCAAGUUCAGUCGUUGCUUCGCGUCUAUGCUGCGUUAUUCAUCCCGUCUGUCUUU